UUUUACAUAGGCCGAGGGCGGUACUCAAGACACAAGGCACAAUUUUUUCCAAUACGGACUGACCUUGGCUGGUAAAUAACAUUUUUAGUUUUUUCCAUAAACUUUACGAAAUUCUUUCCAAAAGAACCCGAAUGAUGUAGGGCUGUAAUUGCGGCAAGAUAUUCUAUAAACUUAACAAUUUUUGACCGAGUAAAUGGUACUUGAAAUAGAGGUUAUGCAAAUUAAAGAGGGAAGCUUCACCAAAACAUUUUUUCAUUUGCGUAGUGAUAAAGGUGAUUUAAAAGGCUUCCAAACAAUCUUUAAACAUUAUUUUUACAAGUAUAUGUCACAAACUGACACCUGUCCAUUUGAGAGCGCGUAAGAAUAAAAAGUGCAUGUGCAUUUUUGGAAAAACAACGGAACUAGUUCGGUAAGGAUUGUCAAGACAAUGUUUUCUUCAAAAACUGUCAAUGGUCCCACGGAAAGUAUUAUUAACUCUCAUCGACGAUUAACUAAUGUGCGAAGAUUUACCUCUGAUCAGUAAGCAAAUGGCGAAGAAUGUAAUUGUAAGUAAAGUCAAAUUAUUUAGUUUGAAGUUGUGAGAGUUUGCUCUUUUUUUUGCUGCAAUGGCGUGUGUAAAUUUGGUCUUUCCUCCACAAAAACUUAAUUCGAAUGAGACAUUUCAACUAGACACAAGAGAAUUUAAUGCGUCUUUUUCUCGUUGAAUUCAUUCAGUUUCUGCUGUACAAUUUGCGGUACAAAUGUUCAAAUUGAGAGGACUUGGAAAGACUCACCAAAAGCGUAUUUGAAGUAGAACUGAAAACCUCGCUCGCCUUUUCACCACAAACAAAUUUUUUGAGAGAAUUCAGAUAUUAAAUGAAGGAAUGUUCCAUCUAUUAACUCAAUUGUAACCAAAUACCUCACGUUUUAACUUUCUAUGUUCUUUUUGUGAAGGAUUAAAAUUAACUACAGACGGUUUUUAGGCCAAUUUAAUGACACUUUUGCUUAUACACAUUCAUUUUGAAACCAGCAUUUUUCUGUUAACCAAAGUGAUUUGAGAGAGAGAGAAAAGAGAGGAUCAAGAAGUUAUUUAUCGGCUUGAGAUAGUGACAGACGUCUUUGCUUAAAAAUACUGCCCGGCUAGCCGGAAAAACAAGAUAAAUUUAUGAAAAAUGGCAGCGAAGAUAAGGAUAUAUUCGGCGACUCAAGAAAGCGUUGCCAUGCCGUGGGCAGAGAUAGGACCGCGCUAAGAACCGGACCGCGCUAAGAACCGAUAACAUUGUAGGAUUCGUUACCGUGCCCACUGAGAAAAAAUAAACUAUUUUAUUAAGGAGAAAAACUGAUUUACAGAGCUACGUAUGAUGCGGCAAAUUCAAGUCGUACAUACCACAACACGAAAAAAACCUGUUCUCUGAUAGGAACAAUUUUGGUUAGAAGCAAACAUCGAAGCUGUGGUCAAAGAGACAUAUAAUUGACGUAAGGUAACUAUGUUUAUUCAAUUUCCUGUCUAUACACCGUAAUCAGAGCAAUUUUCAAAACGCCGAUUAUAUUAAAAUAUUUAUAACCUGAAUUAGGUCUGGCCGAACGUGGAAAUAUUUGGCUAUUGGUUAUAGCGCAUGGAACUCACCACGCACGGUGCGUACGUCAUGAACUUGAGCCAAGUAUUUUCCUGUCCGGCUCUGCCACUCAGAUAUUGAGUCAAUUUCCUCUCCGCUAUCCCCCUUUCCCUAUUAGUGUCUAUCUAAUAUGUAGUGUUUGUCUAUUGAAAACCUCUAAAACAGGCUCAUAAUUGCACACGGUAUCGUAUUUGGCCGAAUUCCAUCCAUUUAAUCUGUCGUGUCUCAUCUCCAUUUCUCCACGGCGUUGCUGUAACUGGUCUGCAAACAUAAUCACGUGGCUACCACUCCUGAAAUAGCAUAGGAACUCCCGUUUUAUUUCAACAUUGAAACCCUUCAGAGUCAAAGUUUAACUAAAAGCUCGGUUCAGGCUCUCUAUCAGCGGAAGUAACCUCAUAAUUCCCUAUUUCCCGGAAGAAAGCUUUCGCUUUCUAAGAAAUUUUGCUGCAUUUUAAUUGGCUCUCGUUUAGUCGCUCCUAUAGCGAUAGUUCUAUAUCUGUGCUCUGGAAAAAUCGUAUGAGGAAGUUUAUCAUGCAACAGUGAUAUGUGACGAUUGAACAAAAACCAAGCUGUUGUUUAAUCCUUCACAAAAGUCGUGGCUUGCCUAUGUUUGUUGGCUUCGUCUAGCAUUUGAGAAACAUCCUAAUGGAGCAAACCAGGGAAAUUUGGAAAGGACGAGAAGAUCGUAGAGGGAGACGAAAUGGAGGUUGGAGAGGUGGUUGGCGUGGCAGUGGUAGAGGUGGUGGCGGGGGCGCUAGAGGAAAAGCUGGUGGAGCCAUCGGAAAUAGCAUAGGGCCGGAAGGUACAUUGGAUGUUAAAAGAGAAGCUGAAGAGGUGACUGGUAGUAGUUUGCCCGCUGGGAAGGGAAGAGGGAGUUGGAAAGGCUGUAAGCGGGGUAGUCGGGCAGGUUUUGGAAGGGGCGGAGGAGGAAGAGGAAGUUGGAGAGGUGGUUGGAAGAGUAGUGCUACAAAUGGUGAAAGGGGUGAUGGAAGAAGGGCUGGAGGAGACACUGGAAGUAUUCAGUCUGAGGGACAAUUAAAAUUCAAGGACCUUCAGAAUCUGAAGAACAAAAGCCCGGACGAGAUUGUUCUCCAUUUGACAUCAGAAAGUUGCUUUCGUUCUACCGAGUACUUAGUCAAAGAGCAGUCAACAAUCACAGACGACAGCGUUGUUUUAUUAAUAAACAUUUUCACGAAAGCCUGCACUAGCAGAAGCAGGGAUGAUCUGUACAAACUGCUAAGUCUAUUACCGGGGUCUUUGUUUCUCAAUUUGCACCUGAGGCGCAACCUGAACAGGCUCUUUGUGGAUCCAAUCCCGCCUUUUGAUGUGGUUGCGUAUUUAAGGAACGUUAAGCAAAUGAUGAACGAAUUGCUUCAAAGAUUUCCAAACUCUCACUCUGAUCUUCCUUUGUCAGACUUGUAUUGUGCGAUCAGGUUGGCGUUCGAUUCGGGGCAAUUGGAAGAUGAAGCACUUGUGAAAGGGGUGGAUGAAAUGAUGCAAAUGCGAAUCGAAAAAGCUGAGGAGUUGAAGAGGAAAGAGGAAGAGAAAAAGCAAAGGAAAAUGAAACCACGGAGAAUUGCCGAAGACAACGAUGACGUCAGUCCACCCGAAAAUUUCCGAUGUCUUAGUGUUGUUCCUACUCAGGAGGACAUCUUGAGAAAAGGAAGGCCUUUCAUCAGAAAAAACAAAGUUGGUGGUGCCUACAAAGACGUGGAACACUAUUUAGACGUACAGUUUCGACUCUUACGAGAGGAUUUCCAGCGGCCUCUUCGUGAGGGGAUCACAAAGUUGUUAGAGUGCUCUUGCUCCCACAAGAAUGGUACCUUACAGGACAUACACGUUUACAAUGGUGUUCGCUUACUCUACCCUGUAUGCACGUCCCAUGGUAUCCGUUACAAGGUUGAGUUUGACAACUCUAAGCUCAAAAAAGUACGGUGGGAAAACAGUAAACGGCUUAUCUUCGUCUUUCGAGGUGUUAGAGUCUGUGCUGUGGAUAACUUCCAGGGAGAGGAAAAUGACAUAAUUUUGCUUUCCCUCGUGCGAAGCAACGAAGAUGGCAAAAUUGGUUUCCUGCAGAUAGAAAACCGAGUUUGUGUAGCGCUGUCUCGAGCGAAGAAAGGUUUUUUCUGUAUUGGUAAUUUCUCCCUACUCGCGAAAAAGAGUUUGUUGUGGAACAAAAUUAUCAACGACAUGAAAGACUCAGGAAAUGUAGGAGAUGCUUUGAUACUCACUUGCCAAAACCAUCCGCAAAACGUGAUCCACGCUUCAGUUGCAGACGACUUCGAGAAAGCACCCGAAGGAGGCUGCACCCUACAAUGUGCCUCUCGACUCCAGUGUGGUCACGUGUGUGAUUUGAUGUGCCACCCCAUAGACCCUGAUCACGAAGAAUAUCGGUGUAAAAAGCCUUGCACCAAAACACUUUGCGAUCUGAAUCACAAGUGCCCUAAGAGAUGCUUCCAAAUAUGCGGGCCUUGUCGGGAACCCUUAGAUAAGAUCCUUCCUGGAUGUGGUCACUUCCAGAAAGUUCCUUGUUACCUCUGCAAUGAUCUCACUCAAGUUGAAUGCCAAACGCCCUGUAAAGUGAUUUUAAAAUGUGGACACGAAUGUGCUGGUAAUUGCAGUGAUUGUUUACGCGGUCGAGUUCACCAACCUUGUAAGGCAGUGUGUGGCCGCAUACUGUUUUGCGGACAUAACUGCUCUGAACCCUGUACUAAGAAUUGUUCGCCAUGCAAGGAAAAGUGUGGUAACUACUGCAAGCACAGAAACUGCAAGAAGAAAUGUGGCGACCCCUGCGAACCAUGUAACGAGAGGUGUGUUUGGCAGUGCCCUCAUUACAGGUGCAAAAACUUGUGCGGCGAGUUAUGUGAUCGCCCUCGAUGCAACAGGCCAUGUCCAAAGCGCCUUCCAUGCCUUCAUCCUUGCAUUGGUCUCUGUGGGGAACCAUGUCCAAAGAAGUGCCGAGAGUGUCAUAAGGACGAAGUCACAGAAAUCUUUUUCGGUACCGAAGACGAACCAGACGCUCGAUUCGUUGAAUUGGCGGACUGUGGUCACGUGUUCGAAGUGGAAAUGAUGGAUCUGUGGAUGGAUCAGACCGACUUAACGCAGGGUGGGAAGCCUGUUGAUGUUCAACACAAGCUCUGCCCAAAGUGCAGGGUUCUGAUUCGUACCAGCUUAAGAUAUGGCAACGUUGUCAAGAAGAUCCUCGCGGAAUUCGAGAAAAUUAAGGGGAAUACUUCCUCCUUUGAAAUACCUCGAGGUCAAGAAGUAGAGAGUCUGUUAUUUGCACUACAAGGAAUUGAGCAGUUUCCCGAAGACCGUGAUAGCAUCAAGGUAUUGCUAGGUCAGGCAAAUCAUGCGGCUGAAGCACUCGAUGUGAUAAGGAACCAGAUCAGCCUUUUGUCUUUUCUCCAGACCCUUAAAGCCAACACGCACCGUCAAUUUGAGAGAGAAGACCUUCCGCGGGAGAUGAAGGAGAAAUUCGAUCGUAAAGUGGAACAACUCCGAGAUCGCGUCAUGAAAUUAAACUACCGAACGCUCAAUUCUCAGCAAUUAGAGGAGCUUAAUGAGGAAAUGCAUAGAACGCAGCUUCUUUUUGAUUUUAGAUUGCUGAUAAUGCAGCUGGAAAUCAAUGGAGUUGAUCUGAGUAUUAUUGAUAGCUUGAUGAAAGAAGAACUGGACUCAGAAAGGAAGAUUGGCAAAGCAUUUCGAGAUCGAUACACUGCUCGUAUACAACGUAUAAGACGGGAACAAAACCUUCAAGCUUUUAAACUGGCGAUUUUAAGGGACGAACAAAGUGUGAUUGUUAAUUCAAAGUGUCUGGCACAGCCUCGUUGGCUCAAGUGUCCAAGAGGUCACAUCUGGAUCACAGAGUGUGGCCUGGGGAUAGACGAAAGUAAAUGCCCGGAUUGUGAAAAGGAUCGUAAGGAACAUCAUGCAGAUGUAACAAUCACAGGGUAAUCAAUAUAGUAACCCUAAUUUGUGGAUGAGGCUCCGCAACUUCGAUUUUUAUACAGCAAAUUCAGAUGUGAGCUGAGCAUGAACUAGAGGAAGCUCUAUUACUAGACCUCCUUAUCGAGGAUCUUUUCAACUCAAAAUAUGGUGUCAAACUAGCUUUUCAAUUGAAGCAUUGCAGCCA